UGUAUCCCGUUUUCGUAUAUGUCGCACCCUGAUGAGGAAUGCGGGAACUAGUAAUUUUUAUUUCUCGUGCGUGGAGCAGUAAAGUGUACUAUUUAUUGAAAUAAUUACGACACUCAUCCCGUUUUUGCACCUUCGCAUAAUAUAAAAUAUAGAAGGCAUAAAUGAAAAAAUAAGAAAAUGAGUUCUCUGCAACAAGGUAGCAGAUUCUUGCCUUUUUCGAAUAAUAAUAUACAGAGGAAGCAAUUAUCAAUGCAAGGUGGUCUUCCACAAAGCUUAAGUGGUAGUGAAACUGAUGUUUCUACAUCAAAUGAAAAUUUAACCAAUGAAGAUCGAUAUGUAAUUAGACAUACAGCACGUCAAGAACCCCAAGGUCAAGAGAAUCAGCAGCAAAGUCCAUCCAGGUCUUCCAGUCACAAAGAAAAUAUACCAAAUAUACAAGGUAACCUACUCAACAGAAACAGUUUGAAGGACAGUUUGAAUGGAUCAAACAGGAACAGUUUGAAAGAGAAUUUGAAUGGUUCUAACCGAAAUAGUCUCAAAGACAGCAUUAAUGGGUCUAAUAGAAAUAGUCUGAAGGAUAACUUAAGUAAUCGCACCAGUGUAGGUUCAAACAGAAGUAGUUUAGACGUAUCUACAAGCUCGUACAACACACUCAUCAUACAUAAUGCUAAUGAUGAUAACUCGUGGGUACCAUCUGGAAGGUUAUCAGGUGUUGUAAGGGAACAUGGAGAUAUGGGUUACUUAUAUUGUGAUGGUGGUGGAAAAGGACACUCAAACAGUCCUACUAUGCAGUCUUUAUCAAAUUUAUCUCAUGAAGAUCAUGUUUAUGAGCAACCUAGUAAUGGAGGAUGUCAAGAAAUUACAGAUAUACCAGACGAUUAUCUAAGUCAGUCACAGCAGGUUUUAAAACAUCUUGCAAAAGAAGUGAAAGUACCAUCGUAUAGUAAACUUGCGAACAAUGGAGGAAACAUCGAUGUGAGAAUGAGAGAUGGUGAUAGAGGAAAGCAGAAUGACAGUGAAUCCGAAGACAGACCUCCGCCUUCAUACAUGUCUGUUUUGUUACCAUUGAAAAGCAAGUCCAGACUUGUUGGGCCUAUGGAAAAAUUGACAUUAUCAAGAUCACAACCAGAUUUGUCCAGGAUUGGCAAGCCAGACAUUGAUAAUUACAAUUUGCGAGCUACUUCUCCACGGCCUCAAACGAAAGGAAGAGAGGAGACGGAAUCUGCGGCGGCUGAACUAUGGCCACCGUCAGAAAUGAUUCAGAUCGUGAUCCAAGAAAACAGUGCCUUAAAGUUAGAGUUAGAACGAUGUUACAAUAAAGUUGCUAAAUCUCAGAAAUUGGAGCAAGAAAUUGCAAAAGUGCACAGGGCCCAUGAAGAAUUAGCGGCAUCGUGCGAACGGAGAGAGAAACUUGAACGAGCUGCUAGAUUAAGGCUACAAAACGAUUGCAGACGAUUAACCGAAUUAAAUCGUGCAUUGAGAGAUCAAAUAGACUUACUGUCCGCACGUACCGAUAGCCCGCCGAUCGUGGAAUCUAUGAGAAAGGAAUUAACUCAACGCGAAUUAUUAAUUGGACAAUUGAUUACACAAAAUAAAGAAUUAGCCGCAGCGAAAGAAAGACAAGAAAUCGAAUUAGCGGCGCAACGAGCAACAUUACAGGAACAACGUACACAUAUAGAUAUCUUAGAUACUGCUCUCACUAAUGCCCAAGGGAAUGUUGUGCGCCUUGAAGAAGAGUGUCGAAAGAAACAAGUGUACGUAGAGAGAGUAGGCCAACUCCAACGUGCUUUGUCUUCUCUUCAAGCGUCUAGCGAUAGAAGAGAAGAAACAGAAAGACAGUUGAGAGGUCAAUUAGAACGAGAAUUAAGGGAAGGUGGAGGUGGCGGUGCCAAUGGCAAUGAACAAUCCUUCAAUGGAGAAACGAUCGCAGAGUUAAAACGACGAAUACGCGAAAGAGACGAAAAAAUUAUGUCGCUCGAGGGCGAUGUUGCGAAAUGGGAGCAACGUUAUCUCGAAGAAAGUGCUUUAAGACAAGCUGCAAUUGACGCAGCUAGUCUUCCAAAGGACGCUAAAAUAGCUGCGUUAGAAAAAACGAGUCAAGACGCUGAAAAAUUAAUCGCGGAGGCACGUUCCGAAAAAAUGAGACACAUGGACGAAGUGCAUGCUGCACAGAAAAAAUUGGCAGAUCUUGAAUCUAGAAUGAAAGAUCUAGAGUCGAAAUUGGCUGAAAGGGAUGCAAUGAUCAGAGUUCUUCAAAAACAUACGUAUGAUAAAGAUAGCAGUAGCAGUAGUGGUGUUGGUAGCUAUCCAGCCGCCCAUUCGUCUCAUUCGAGUACGUCGGCGGAUCAUCACACUGCGCUGACGAGCACGCCAGAACUUGUGAGCAGUGUACUGGGCGGAGGCAGUGGUUAUGGAAGUACUGGCUCGUACGGUGUCACGGACAGCUAUAAGUACAGGAAACAAGGCAGUUUCGAGCAAACGAAUAAAAGUCUCGACGAUCAGUUAAAAGAGCUAGACUCCCAGCUGCUUAGUAAGCGGGCACUUUGCUGUUUUCCAGGAUUCUCUAAUCCAGGCACUGCGUCGCGAAAAGGAAAAAUACCCAAGCCACUAUUGGCGGGUGUAGAUAGUACAGGUACCUCGAGCACCGCCUCGAGCAAGAGUCGUCUGUUGGAUGACUCGGGGGGCGAGGUCUCGCCGGGUAUAAUGGAAUUCGCGAGCGCGGCCUCGAGGCUGAAAGGCACCGUUUCGAGAUUGUCGGAUGGCAAGCCCGAGGACAUGAUGCUGCUGGAGAAACAGGGCCGUAGCUCGCAGAGGCAAAGGAUGCAGGAGGGGGAGCCGCGUCGUGCCGGCAGUCUUCCUCCCAGCUCUCUACCACGACCACCGAAGACUCUGAAAUCGACAAACUCGCGCUACUGUCGGCUGAGCGACACGGAGACUCGCAAGAAGUCGGAUCCCGGCCCGGCUCUGGACACUAACGCGAGCAUGAAGGUACGCGACGCGAGUAACUGCACCAUCGAGUACGGUAGAUUCGACACGAAGGCCCAGCGUAGAAAGAAAUCGUCCGGCACGGAGCCACUGGUUCCCAACAGUUCAUCGAAGAAGCCGUCCUCUACGCCCGGUCACGAGUACGAGCGUCUGCAGGGCGAGAAUCUCCGCAAGAAGCAGCCCUCCGUCUCGGAGGUGAAGCAUAGGGAAACGCAGAGUCGCUCGUUGAUACCGCCGCCGUCUCGUCGUAUCGGGGAGUACGGUCGCCUCAGCGAGGGCACUCUCAGGAAGCAGACUGGUUCACGAGGACAGAGUACCGGCAGCACGGUUAGCAGCAAGAGCGGAGGACGCGAUUCUGGCGGCACAGCUAGCAGCGAGGCGUCCACGUCGUCGUUGCCACCUUCCAAGGCGAGAUCAAUACCGCGCCCCAGCAAUUACCGCAUUCAGUUUUAAUUUCCAACACUUCAAGAGUGGGUCUGGUACUUUCCCGGUCGACGGCGGUCUUUGAACGAACGCUCCUCUGAACGAAAACGGAACCAUGCACUAAACGAAAUGGAAAAUACAGUGGUGCUUAUUGUAUUUUCUAAUCUAUGUAAAUUGAAUUUUUCACUCGUACACGUUCCGUGCCGCUGACGGCUCGCACGAUCUUAUUUUACACGUUUGUAACGCUUAUAAGACUGCAAAUAUUAUUGUCAUGGAAAAGGGGUAAACGUACAAAACGCGCUAUGAAACAGAACGAAUAGUUUUAUGUAGCAAUUUGUUAUUAAUAUUAUACACUGCGACGUAUUGUAUUGAAAUGGUGGUCGUCGGUUCGCCUCCUUUUUCGUUCUUAUGCUCUCAGAAAACAAAUCACGAUCCUUACUAUAUUCACCAUAGUGCUCAAUAGUUAUACACUAUUAAUGAGUAGUAAGAUAUAGUUCACGAUUGACGUACGGUAUAAUUACACUAGACGUAUUAAUUAUGUGUCAGUUCAUGAUAUUUUAAAUCGUUUCAUAGCAACGCUGAAAAUUUUAAGCGGCCUGAAACUAGAGGUUCUCAAACUUUCAUCGUUCAUCGUGCUUUUAGAAUCUCAGCAAUAUUUUACGGCGUUUUCAGGUCAAAAGAGAUACCAAACAGUUUGAUUUAUUAAGCAGUUAAGUCUGAACAACUUAUCAUUUAAUAAUUAUUUGUUUGGGCAAAAAUUUGUCGUAAUGGUACUUCGUCAAUCCAUCGAUAGAUGUCGCUAUCGCUCUGAGAAGCACUCGUUGCAGGUUGGGAACCGCUAGUGUAAACGGAAGGUCCAAUGCGGCACAGAACGUGUUAAUAAUAAAUACCGAUACGACGCGAAUUGUUCUGUUGGUACAUCGAGUUCCGUUUUUACUUGAAACAGACCCGUUCUCGAGGUAGUAUUGGAGAAGAACGAAAGAACUGAACCGAAUUAAGAUUGUCGCCAACGAGGAUAUUUGUAUGCCAGAAACGAGCGUUAAACCGCGUAUGAAGUAAAACGGAAUGCAGAUUGGAAACAAAUACUGACCGCAAAAUCAAAAGCAAAACCAGCUUCGAGCCACCCUUUGCUUCGUUCUUCGGUAGUUCGAUCGCAUAGAGUCCUAACGUGCGUAUAUGCGCGAGCAUGUACGUAAACAGCCAUAAUAAUGAAGCGCUAGUUUCCUUCGAUACUGUUAAAGAAGGUGAAGCCAAUCGCACGAUAUAGCGAAGACACGUGGUAUAUUGUUGCGUAGCGAUAGUGCAUGACCUAGUCAUUACCAAAGUAACUUCUAUUAUGAAAUGGAAUUGAUUUCCUCUUAUUUCGUAUGCACCGUGCCUACGCCUCGGAACACUGCGACCUUUCAUCAGAUGUAUUCAUCGCGGAAAGAGAAAAAGAUGUGCCUUGUAAGACUGCGUAAAUGCUCGGUAUAACUUAUAGGAUAAGAAAGUACGUCCAGGAACUUUCGAAUUAGGAGGACGAGUUGUUCUUCGGCAAAACGCAAGCCUGUGGUCUCGAAAAUCCUAGUCGGAACAAUCUCAAUUGGCUACUCAAGAUACAGUGGGUGGAAAGAAUACAGUGAACUACUAGGAGCACGCUCGACACUUUUGAGGUUAUAAAACGCCAAACGAAUUUUACGACGUUCGUUACAGGUCCGAAACACUGCCUUUGCGUGUUCAAGCUUUUUACACGUUGACUGUUGAGCUAUUUUCAUAAAACUUUCCUUGAGUAUCGUUAUAGGAUUUCUCAUAAUUUAUGCUUUCAACAGAUUGACUGUCAUGGUGGUCACUGAUAGCGACAGAGUUGCAUCGAAAGAUCGUUCCUACAAUUUUUUGAAUUUUUUGAAUUCCAUACGCCAUCCGAGAGUACAUUGAAAACUAUUAAUAUUGCAAGAAAAAUUCAAAUUUCAAAUACUGUUGGAAACGAUAUCACUAGUAUCCCAGGGUAUCGUUUACCCCACGGAUAAUAUCAACGUCAUUUUGUUUGUAAAAAAAUUCAUUUCGAUCGAGAGUGUAGUAGUGUUAUAUGGAAUUUGUAAAGAUCCCGUUUUGUCUCUUUCAGGGUGGCGUAAACGCUUAAAAAAUGUCGUCGUAGUAACGGAAACAUUAGUUUCAUACAUGUAUGCAUGACACGCCAGUCUACGCGUUAAUGCGCUGUAGUGUAUGCAAAUUCAAGUGGCUGCUCAAGGUUAUUGAAGGGUUAACCUCACCAUACUGUUUAGUCUGUAGCAGUGGCGUACCAAGGGUGGUCGGAGGGUGCGGUCUACCCUCUGUGACGUCCAUAUUGCCAUUGAGCGUAUCUUCAAACUUGAUCUCUCUCGAAAAAAGUUAUUCGAUAUUUUUCUCAUAUUUUUUAAUAAGGAAUCACUCGUACAUAAUUUUUAAAAUUUUACUUUCAGCGAACAGGAUCCAAGACGAAACGUACUCCGCCCCCUUUGUUUCCUUACCCGGUCUCUCUUCCAACUUUUCCGUACCAUUCGUCCGGAAGUUAUUUCGCUGUUACGUCCCUUCGUGCUACGUUUGGUUCAUUGUUUGCUUUAAAGACGCCACGGGAGAAACGGAGACGGCCGUAGAGCCAACGGGAGACAUGCGUCCGUGGGAUAAAGUAAAUAUUGAGAGCGAAGGAAAAAGGUAAAUAGCUUUGGGUAGUUUGGUAGUUUGUGACGUCAUUCACGGUUUGAAUAAGUGGCCUUGAGCGGACAGUUGAAUUUGCGUGCACCAUAGUGUUCAGAAUGUAUACAGAGAUCGUCCCUGGGCUCUUGACUCCCGACAUUCAAGUGCGCUAUCGUAUCCACCCCUACUGUUUGCACCGCUUCACUAUAUUUCUUAUAACCGAGUGUACACGCUACUCGUAUCUCAAACAGAGAGGUAAGAUAAUACGGGGAGCAGAAACUCACGCGUCUUCAAGGCCAAUACCUUUUUCCUCCAUACUGACACGCGUUCUGGCACCUGUUGGCCAAUCACUGCGUUCUGUAUCGGACUGGCUCGAAAAAUUGCUCGGUUAUUAAAUGUUAAAAUUUGAGAAGGAAUAUCCUCGACAUAGUUUCAAAUUAUAAGUUUAAUGGAGUAAUAAAAAAUUCUCGAAGGCACCAUAGACCACGAUAAAACAUUGAGAUUGUCGUAACCGUUCUUUUGCCAGUAGAAGUAUUUACAAUAAAAAUAUUCAUAUAUUUCACGUAGGUAAUGAGUUUUAGGAAUAUCCUCGAACGAGGUCGAACAGUUAUCGUGGACAGUACCGGUGUAAAGUUGAGGAGAAACGACGUUGAGCGGCCAAUUGAGUUUGUUCUUACUAUUCAGGGCCACUGAGGGGGUAUCAUCAGGGGGUACAAAGUUUCUAUUGGGGUCCCCUUCCUUCAUCGUUAGUAAUUUUUGUUUUUCUUCGGUAUCAUGCCACGAAGUUGUAGCAUAAAGUGUGAAUGCUGGUCUUCACGCGAUAUAUGCAAACAUUUUCUAGGAUCCCAGAAAAUUUCCAGCUCGUUCCUUUGGCUCUAGGACCCCAAGCACGAUGUAUCCCCUGCGCCCCUUUUUAAGGGGUCCUCCUAUUCAGGGUGUUUCAAUUUUUUCCUCGUAAAACUUUGCUGAUAUCUUCUACGAGAAAGAUCUUUUACCACUUCAAAAAAAUUCAAAAAGACUUGACAAAAAAUUAUACUUGAAUUGGUAUUGGAAAAAUUUUAAUAGAAGAUUCU